UAGAAGACCCCACUACAGGGUCAGUUGAACAUGUGAUUUUAAUGAUAUUGAGGAGGAAAACAGAAAAAAAAGAAGAGAUAAAUACUGCUGUACAAAACAAUGCAACAACAGUUGUACCAUGAAACAGAAAUCAGACAGCAUUAUCAGUUGUGAUCUAACUGGUAGUACUAAUAACUACACCAGUAGUGAUAAUAGUAAUUGUUUUAAUGACAAUGGAAAUCUUAGUCCUACAGCAAUAAACCUUUUGCCUAAAAAUCUGUUAGACAGUCCAGUAUCUAAUGAUCAGCAGUGUUUACAGUCACCCACGUCGCCUUUAUCAUUUAUGAAGAAACAAAAGAAAUCAUAUUUUCAAAUUCCUGUUAUGAAGUUGAAAUCGAAUGAAAACAAUAUACAAGUUCAAAUGUUUAGUGAUGAUAAUAAUACUGGAACAAUUACUACUUCAGAUACUAUGUCUAAUACGAAAAUUAGCAAAAGUAACAACAACUGUUUUAAAGGAUUUUACUUGAAGACAACAAAAUCCAAUAUUAAAUUUAUCAUUGAAGAUCCAUGUAUCAUUGAAAAUUUAAUUCUCUUACCAAUGACCCAUUCAUUUAUUCAUUUGUCAAAGAAAUUUGAAUGGGAUUUAAAAAACAUUAAAUCAAAUUUUAACUUCAAUAAAAAAGGUACAGUUAGAUCGACUAAUCUGAGCAAUAUCAGCAGUAGUAGUAGUAGCAGUAAUUACGUCACAGACGACUCAUCAUCAUCAUUAUCAUCAUCAACGCCGCCACCAUCACCGAAUUCAUUUUCACUUUCUCACCAGCAUAUGAUAAAUCACAGCAAACAUAUUCUCUUCAAGUUAUAUGAAGACUAUCUUGAAACUUAUGGAUAUUCAAAACGUUCAAAAUUAUUUGUCAAAUAUGCUAUGAGAAAUUUUCCUGAAUGUGAAGAAAAAACCACUUUGUUAAAAUUAUUAAAAAAGCAUAAAUUAUCGAUUGAUUCAUUUCAUUAUUCAUAUGAAUUACCUAAAGAUCACAUUGAUAAUAAUAAUAAUGACAUGUUUUAUGAAACUUCUGGUCACUUUCCAAAGGCCAAUAGACUUUCAUCAUAUUCAUCAUCAUCGUCAGAUUCAGGGAAAUCAUUUUCAUCAUUAUCGCCGUCAUCAAUUUCAGCCUUGUAUUCACCUCAGUAUGCUUAUCAGCAUAGAUCAUUUCUAACGAAUGAUUAUCAUCAAGGCUCUCAGUAUUAUAAUUAUCCCCAAUAUAAUGAAAGUUGUUCACCAGAAUUAUUUGAUGACUAUUCAGUCGAUACAUCAAAUACUUUACCAUUCGAAUAUUUAACUCAUAUUCCUUCAAAAGUUACUUCAUCAAAUCUAUUAAAUCACAAAAUGCAAACAAGCAACAUCUUGACACGUUUUAAUUUCAAAAAGGCAAAAACGACUCCCAAGGAUGAUAAACAGAAUAAAAGAGCUAAACAUUUGAACAUACGAUAUAAAAGUCAGGUAUGCAAACAUUUCGAAGAACGUGAUGGUUAUUGUCCAGUUGGUUCAAAAUGUCAUUUUGCACAUGGUAAUGAAGAAUUACGUGAUCCUAAAAGCCAUCCAAAAUUUCGUAGUCAAUUAUGUCGUUACUAUUCAACAACUGGAUAUUGUUUUUACGGUGAUAAUUGUUACUUUAAACAUUCUAUAGAGAAGUCAUCACCACAGUCAGAGGAUAUAACAUCUGAAACAGUGAAGAAUAAAGAAAAUCUAUCGCCUGAAUCAACUAGUCAUAAAAAUAAACAAUUUUUGAAUUCCAAAAAGAAAAAAACGCAAAAAGAAAAUAAACUGCACAACUCCUUGAAAUAAAAGUGAGAAUCGGAUAGAAAGUGAAAGCGAAGUAGAUGACACUGCGGCCCAAUUGGAAUUUUUUAAUAAGUUAUAAAAGGCAUUCAAGUUGUUGUCAUUAUUAGAAAUGCUGAAUGUAAUAUGAUUAUGA